GGUCGCCAAGAAAACGAGAAGCAGAACUCAGAAAAUCAGGUUUCAUCUGAAUCCGCAGGUUUCAUUUACUGCAUAAGGUGCACGAACAGAACCUUUUCUUGGAGUCUUGAAAUCAUGACCGAUGAAGAAGUUCCUAAUCACUACUGGAACAAUUUGCUGGCCCUCACUACAAAAGCGUCUGCCGAAUCAGAGGAACGCAAUGUUACGCCGAGGCCCAUGAGCGAAGAGAAUCGCAGAUGGCUCGAAGCAGUGAUGAAGGAUCUGGUGAAAGAAAGCGAUCCAUCGCGGCAGAUGGAUGCAAUCUUGAAAAGUUUGCACUCCUAUGCAUCAAGCCCAGCUGAUCUCAAUGAAAAUGAUAUCGGAAAAAUUGAGGCUUCAAUACUACAUAUCUCUUCCAGGAACUUGACGGAUCAUUUAGAAGAUAUCCUUGGCUAUGCUGAAAUCACGAACCAAUUCGUGGCCAAAGGAGGUCUACUGGUCAUCGAGGCUUUCCUGACUCAGCGUCAUCACUUAUCAUUACAAUGUCGUUUCGCUGAGUUUGUACUCAGCCUCACUGAAAAUAAUCCUUCCACACAAUCGUUGUUUGCGAGAGAAGGCUUACUCAGUAAAAUGUUAAAGUUGCUAGAAGAUGACACAUACAGCGAGCAAUUUCUCUUCAAGCUUCUUAGCUCAAUAUCCGGCUCAGUUCGAUCUCAUAUUGAGUCAUUCGACACUUUCUGUGAGAACGGUGGCCCGCGAAUACUCUCAGAUAUAGUACACAAAGCAAAAAGUGGGAAAUUGGCAGGAAAGUCAGCCCGUGUGAUGACGAGUAUAGCUUAUACACUAGAAGAUUCACCUGCUCAUGCAAAGAAAUUAACUGCAGAAAUAUUAUCCAAUUUCCUAUAUGUUCUUCAACAUUUUCCGUCUGAUUGUGUGGGUGAACUAGAGUACAUAGGGUAA